CCUUCAACCAGGACAGUGCGGCGACUGUGCACUUUAUGGCGCUUCUCUCAACGAGGCUAUUGACGUGCGUCUGGUGGGAUCGCACGACUGGGGCUCCAGGCAUGUACCUAUUAAGUGUGGGUACGAACCAGAAUCUGACCCAAUUGUCAGAUCGCGCUCGUCCUAUCAGUUGGCGCCUUCUCGGCCACUGGUCGCAUUUUUCGAUGCUCCGCGCACGCCUCAAGUCGACGUUGGCCGCCGUCGCCACCGAGGCGGCCCCAUGCCUCCGCGACAUCCCUGUCGCGCCCGAGACGGGCUUUGGUCCGUUGCGCAGCAGCUACGCUUACUUUGCUGAGAGUGACGGGUUCCGCCUGCUCUUUGAGCGCUUCCACAAGCUCCACACGUCGCUCGGCCCGAUCUACCGCCUCCGCUUUAUGCCGUUCCAGCCGUACACGGUCAGUAUUUCGGACCCAGACGCAGCCGCCGAGAUCUACCGGCACGAAGGCGCGAUGCCGCAGCGCCAGACCUUUGACUUUUGGAAGCUGUACCGGGACGAGCGCAACUUGCCCGUGGGCCUCGCCAACACCAACGAGUAUGCCGUGUGGAAGAAGUACCGGCUCAGUUUGGGCGCCCAUUUGCUGCAGCCGCACAACGUCGGCACGUGGGUGCCGCGUGUCGACGCUGUUGCGAACGACCUCGCCGCGCGCGUCUGCGCCCAAGCGAGUGCGUCGUCGACGGGCGAGGUGCCUGUGACGCUGCUCACCAAGGCAUUUGCGCUGGAAGCGGUCUCGUCGCUCGUGUUUGGGAAGCGCAUGGGCUGCUUGUCGCCCGACCACUUGACGCCGAUCGCUCCGACGGCCCAGGCCUUGAUCAGCGCCGUUGACGGCUUCUUUGCGACGUCGCAGCAGCUCAUGGCGGUCCCGCCCAAGGCGCCACUUUUUGUGUACAAGCUACUGCCGGCGUACAAGGAGCACGUCAUGCACUCGGACUAUAUCUUCCGCUUGGGGCACGAGAUGGUGCAAGAAAAGCUGGCGUCGACCGAGGUCACGGCGCCCGACUUGCUCACGAUGUUUCUGCAGCGGCCCGAGCUCGACGAGACGGACGCGAUCACGCAGGCGAUCGAGAUUCUGUUCGGCGGCGUCGAUACGACGUCAAUUGCACUGCUCUGGUCACUCUACUGCAUUGCGACGUCGCCCCAUAGCCGCGAGAUCCAACUCAAAAUGCGUGCCGAGGUCGAGUCGAUACUGGACGGCGCCACCGAAUUUGACGCGGCCGCCCACGAAAAGCUCUCGUACAUUCGAGCAGUCGUCAAGGAGACCCUGCGCCUGUACCCGGCGGCUAAUCCGAACCAGCGGAUUCUCUCCCAGGACAUGACAGUUCUCGGCUACGACAUCCCGAAGGGCACGAGCGUCAUGAUGGCCACGUACACGAUGAGCCGCGACCCCGCCGUGUUUGACGAACCCGAGAUCUUCAAGCCCGAGCGCUGGAUUGACCGGGACCAUGCGACACCCGCCGCCCGGAAGAAGAAGGCGUACUCGACACUGCCCUUUGGCAUGGGCUCGCGCAGCUGCAUUGGCCGUCGCUUGGCCGAGACCGAAAUUUACCUCGCUCUCGCGCACCUUGUUCGCCGCAUGGAGAUGCAGUGGAUCCCCGAAGAGACGCACCCCAAGCCUAUUUUGCAGCUCCUGCUCGUGCCCAACAAGCCGUUGACAUUGCGCUUCCAGCCCUGGACUACGUAGCCUUAACCAUUGCAAUACAGUGUAUGGAUCUUGGUA